GCGCGCGGUGGCAGCACCUCCCCGCGCGCUGCUUAAAAAGAAGAAAAGAGGGAGCGAAACAUGAGAGCCCCAGUAAGCUCGAGCUCCCGGCGGCUGCAGAGGAGGCAUCACCCCGGCCAGCCUGGCCUUCCUCAACGGCGGCUUGCUUUAUAUGGAAUAAGGAGAAGGCACUUGCCCUUGCCGCCGCCUCCUAGCGAAGAACCCCUUUGGCUCUCCGCCGCGGCUAACUCUCUGGCCGCCCUCGCGCCCCGCCGCGCAGCACUUUUUGCCCGCGUGCCGUUUGCUGGCGCGUCCCUCCGGUCUGGUCUCCCCCUUUUUCCCGGGUCUCAGACUGACUCUUGGAUUGUCACUCCGGCGACGGAGCUCGCCCGGGCAUGGUGGCGCUGAAGAUGCUCCCGCUGCGCCUGCUCUUGGUGGCCGUGGUCCUCUGCUUUUUCGAGGGGGAUGCCAAGUUCCGGGAGAACGGCACCAAGAGGCGGCGGUGUUUGAACGGCAGCCCCCCCAGGCGCCUCAAAAAGCGGGACAGGAGGCUCAUGCUGCUGGAGCCCCCCGACGGCGCCGAGCUGCCCUGCCGGGGCUUCUACCCUCGCCUGUCCUGCUGCCCCCGGGCUGAGAGCCAAGGCGUGCUGCAGCUGUCCGAGAACAAGAUCUUUUCUGUUACCAACAACACAGGAUGUGUGAAGCUGCUGCAGGAAAUCAAAUGUGCGCACUGUUCACCAAACGCUCAGAAUCUGUUCCACUCAACUGAGAAAGAAUCAUUGGAAAGAGAACUAGAUCUUCCUUUCCUGUGCAAGGAUUAUUGUAAAGAAUUCUAUUACACUUGCAGAGGUCACAUACCAGGUUUCCUCCAAGCAACAGUUGAUGAAUUUUGCUUCUACUAUACAAGAAAAGAUGGUGGGUCAUGCUUUCCAGAUUUUCCAAGAAAACAAGUUCGAGGACCAGCUUCUAACUAUUUGGAUCUGAUGGAAGAAUAUGGCAAAGUGGAAGAGAUCAGCAGGAAACACAAACACAGUUGUUUUUGUAUUCACGAAGUUGUAAGUGGUUUGAGGCAACCUGUUGGCGCAGUACACUGUGGAGAUGGAUCACAGCGCCUGUUCAUCCUGGAGAAGGAGGGAUACCUAAAGAUUUUCACACCUGAAGGAGAUAUAGUCAAGGAACCAUUUUUGGAUAUACACAAACUUGUUCAAAGUGGAAUCAAGGGUGGAGAUGAAAGGGGGCUGUUAAGCCUAGCAUUCCAUCCCAAUUACAAAAAAAAUGGAAAGCUGUAUGUGUCUUAUACCACCAACCAAGAGCGAUGGGCUAUUGGGCCUCAUGACCAUAUUCUUAGAGUUGUAGAAUACACAGUGUCCAGAAAAAAUCCACACCAGGUUGAUAUGAGAACAGCAAGAGUUUUUCUAGAAGUAGCAGAGUUACAUAGAAAACACCUUGGAGGACAACUGUUGUUUGGCCCUGAUGGAUUUUUAUACAUAUUCCUUGGUGAUGGAAUGAUCACUAUUGAUGAUAUGGAGGAGAUGGAUGGUUUAAGUGAUUUUACAGGUUCUGUGUUACGUCUAAAUGUAGACACUGAUUUCUGCCAUGUGCCUUACUCCGUACCGCAAAGCAAUCCACACUUUAACAGCACCAAUCAGCCUCCUGAAAUUUUCGCUCAUGGACUCCACAAUCCAGGCAGGUGUGCUGUUGAUCGUCACCCAAAUGAUGUAAAUGUUAAUUUAACAAUACUUUGUUCAGACUCCAAUGGAAAGAAUCGUUCCUCAGCUAGGAUCUUACAGAUAAUAAAAGGAAAAGAUUAUGAAAGUGAGCCUUCACUAUUAGAAUUCAAGCCAUUCAGCAGUGGACCCUUGGUUGGGGGAUUCAUCUACAGGGGCUGCCAAUCUGAAAGACUUUAUGGAAGUUAUGUUUUUGCAGACCGCAAUGGAAACUUUUUAACACUUCAACAGAGUCCCAUUACCAAACAGUGGCAAGAGAAACCAUUAUGUCUUAGCAACAGUGGUUCAUGUAGAGGUUUCUUUUCAGGACACAUCUUGGGAUUUGGCGAAGACGAAUUAGGUGAAGUUUACGUCUUAGCGAGCAGUAAAAGCAUGACACAGUCUCACAAUGGAAAACUUUAUAAAAUAAUUGACCCCAAAAGGCCUUUAGUCCCAGAAGAAUGCAAAAUACCAGCUCUUCCUGCCCAGAUAUUGACAUCUGAAUGCUCAAGGCAUUGUCGAAAUGGGUACUGUACUCCCACCAGAAAAUGUUGCUGUAAUCAAGGCUGGGAAGGUGAAUUCUGCAGAACUGCAAAAUGUGACCCAGCUUGUCGACAUGGAGGUGUCUGCAUACGACCAAACAAAUGCAUGUGUAAAAAAGGAUAUCUUGGCCUUCAGUGUGAACAAGUGGAUAGAAACAUCCGAAGAGUGGCCAGGGCAGGUAUUCUUGAUCAGAUCAUAGACAUGACAUCUUAUUUGCUGGAUCUAACCAGCUACAUUGUAUAGUUUCCGGGACAAUUUGGAUACCACAUUUUCAAUGGGCAUUUAUUUUUGAAUCUUCUCUUUUCUUAAAAAAAACACACACACAAAAACAAAAAAACCAAAAGACUGUUAACCUGCUUUUUUAACUCCAGUGAUUCCAUUGGAUUUGUAGAUCUGCCUUAACAUUUUCAGACAAAAAGAAAUAUAUGAUUCACGUACAAAUAUCUGGUUGCAUAACUAGUGGAAUAUUAAAAUUAUAUUUCCUCAUGUGAAGUAGUUUACACAGGAGUUCCACUGUUAACCGUCACGAACAUUAUGUCACCAUGAAUUAUUUAAUGUUCCACCAAUUUUUGAUCUGUAAGUAUUUGAUUAUAACAAUCAGAGAGGAGUUUUGAAAAGGCUGAAUGUAAUUACAAAUCAAUUUGAACCAUUGGUUAAUGCACAAAAAAUGGCAGGUGGAUUUAGAUGCCCAGUUGUCAACCAGUACAUGCUUUGACAAAUUUAUUGCCAGGUGUUUUUUUUUUCUUCUAUUGUCUAAGCAGGAUUCAAAGUCGAAUGUGGUAAUAGCUUUCACCUAGUGGAAGUUUUGGAUUACCAAGUUAUCAUAUGAAGAUUGCUGUCAUCACAUGAAGAACAAUAGCCAUAUGAAUCCACCUGAUCCAUAGAAAGCAAUAUUUCAGAACUCCUUAAUGCAUUCUUAUAUAAACAAUUCAUUGUAAGAUUGUAAUCUACACGUUUAUCAAUGUAACAUAAUGUACCUAACCUGGCAUAGUUGCAAAAAUAAGGCUCUUUCAAUUUAAUUUCCACACUAUUUCAUGUUCUUAAUUAAAUUAUAUCUUCAUAUUUUGAAAACCAGUCUGUUCUUAAAGGUCUGCUUUUUAUUGAAUAUCUUAUUUAACAAUGGGCACUGGGUUUGUGUUCCAUAUUUAUAUUAUUUUAUUUUAUUUUUUUAUAAUAUAGACAUCACCUAGAUGAACAGCUUUGCCAUGUCCUGUAAAAUACUAAAGUUACGUUUUUCUCCAUCUUAAUUGGAAUGACAGGGGAUAAAAGAGCAAACAUCCUUUUUAAUGUGUUGUGGACCUAAUGUAGAAAUGUAUCCUUGUGACAACUUUUAUUCAUAAUCAAUGGCGAAUCACCACCAAUCUACCAGUUGCUGUAAUAACUUUCAACCAUAUUACAACUGGCCUGUUUAUAUGUUAUUGGAAUCUAUUGCAGAAUUCACACUGAAUAAAACGUCACUGGAUGGGAGCUCACUUCAACAUGUCUUGUCUGUUUAAGAGGAUUCUUGUACAAAUCAAUAAAACUAUGAUUACUUGCCAAAUAUAGUUAAAAUGUAAAUGGGGGGGGAGUUGACAGAAUAUUGUUUUCUUGUUUUUGUAAAUGUAUCAAUAAAUUUGGUGUACAUGCUAUAUUCAGAAUUGUAAAAGUAUUCCUAUAUGAACUAUAGGAUCAUCUUGAGAAUUUAAAAACUUUUUCAUGCAAUA